AUGUCUGAGCCAGCCUGGAAACGUCUUGGUCUGAAGAUCAAGGAAACCGUGGAAAAUGAUCCGCUCGGCAUCACGAAGGUGAACGUUAUCAAGAAACGGAAGGCCGAGCCUGGCCCGAACACAGAGAAGAAGCCUCCCAAGAGAAAGAAGCUACCUAAAAACGAGCGUCCUCCGCCGCCAGAAAAGGACCAGCUCAAGUAUCUUCGACAAUACCACGAAGACCGUGCGAACUGGAAAUUUUCCAAGGCCAAACAGACCUGGAUUCUCAAAAACCUCAAGAACAUUCCUCAGGAGUAUGACGAAGCUUUGAAAGCGUACAUUGCCAGUAUUCAGGGCGGGUCGAGGGACCGUGUGAGAGACGAGAUGAUGGCUGUGGUGGAUAAAUGGAAUAAUGCUGCUCGGCAGGCUCUUGAAGACAUGCAGAAGGAGCCUGAGGGUGCUGAGGAGAGCCAGGAAGAGAAGGACGAGAAGGACGAGAACGCGGAAGCGAACGACGACACCAAAGAGAAGGAGGAAGAGAAGGAGGAAAAGAAGGGUGCUGUGGAUGAGGACAUUCCAGAGUACGAUUUUGUCAUGCGUGCCAAGGCGCUGGUGGAGAUUAUUACCGGGGAGCAGGUUUCGGUUGAGGGAAUGGCCGAGGAGAGCGUCAAAGAAGGCGACAAGCAGGACUCUGACGGGCAGAAAGACGCCGAGCGGGAGCAUCCUAUGAUAGUGGAGGAGGUGGAUGUCCAGGAAUACGUUGGAGACGAGGACGAGCAGCUGGAGGUGAAUGUGAAAAGCGAGGGCACAGUGGCUGUCGAAGAGACCAAAGAGAAGCAAAAGACGUCCAAGAAGACGAAGAAAGAGAAAAAGGCCAAGAAGGAGAAGAAAGACAAGAGCAAGGAACAAGCAUAA